UUGNCUACAACUGUAGUCACUGAACCUUCAACAACUGGGAACACUACUGCAGGCAAUCAAGACUCAAAUUCCACUACUACAACUGUAGUCACUGAACCUUCAACAACUGGGAACACUACUGCAGGCAAUCAAGACUCAAAUUCCACUACUACAACUGUAGUCACUGAACCUUCAACAACUGGGAACACUACUGCAGGCAAUCAAGACUCAAAUUCCACUACUACAACUGUAGUCACUGAACCUUCAACAACUGGGAACACUACUGCAGGCAAUCAAGACUCAAAUUCCACUACUACAACUGUAGUCACUGAACCUUCAACAACUGGGAACACUACUGCAGGCAAUCAAGACUCAAAUUCCACUACUACAACUGUAGUCACUGAACCUUCAACAACUGGGAACACUACUGCAGGCAAUCAAGACUCAAAUUCCACUACUACAACUGCAGUCACUGAACCUUCAACAACUGGGAACACUACUGCAGGCAAUCAAGACUCAAAUUCCACUACUACAACUGUAGUCACUGAACCUUCAACAACUGGGAACACUACUGCAGGCAAUCAAGACUCAAAUUCCACUACUACAACUGUAGUCACUGAACCUUCAACAACUGGGAACACUACUGCAGGCAAUCAAGACUCAAAUUCCACUACUACAACUGUAGUCACUGAACCUUCAACAACUGGGAACACUACUGCAGGCAAUCAAGACUCAAGUUCAACUACUACUGUUACAGUCCCUGGAACUUCAACAACAAAGAAGUCUACUGUGGGAAAUCAAGGCUCAAGUUCUACUGCUACAGUUUCAAACCCUGAAGCUUUAAAACCAACAACGACCUCUGCUGGUUCAAUAUUUUUCGUGUCAAAAAUACUUAUUCUACCAUUUCUUGUCUACCUUCAUUAUUUCUAA